AUGGUCUGGGGUCUCUUCCCCGUCGAUCCUCUUUCCGGUGAAGAUAAUUACUACAUUUUCAAAACUGGAACUUACAAAGUUGGUCGAAAAGGUUGUGAUGUAAUCGUCACUAAGGAUAAAGGGGUUUCUCGGGUUCAUGCAGAAAUAGUUGUUAAUGCAAUGAACAUGUCAAAUCGUCUACCAAAUGUACAGUUAAGAGACUGCUCCAAGUACGGGACAUUUGUCAGCAAGAAUGUCGGGCUUAAGAAAAAAGUUCACGAGCUACCAAACAAAGAAACAGCAUUACAUGAUGGCGACCUUGUUUCUUUUGGCACUGGUAGUGCUACCUACAAGUUUUGCCACGUCCCUCUCAUUCUUUUCGUCUGUCCCACAAAUAAAGUGGAUCGAUCUUUGGCAAAGAAAAUUUCAUCAAUUGGUGCUAGUAUUGCUCAUACCUUGAAUGUGGAGUGCACACAUGUGCUGGUAGAUCAACUCACGCCCUUAAAGAAGGAUCUUGUUGAUGCAGUUAUUGCAAAAAAAUCUUGUGUUCUCAAAACUUGGCUCGAGUUUUUUGCAGAAAAGAACAUUAGCAAUGAGAUUCCUAGCUGUCAUUCACAUAUUCCAACAGUGUCAGUGGAAGGAGCAUCUAUCAGAGUUGCUGAUCCCAAAGCUCGCGAAAACUGUUUGAAAGGAUACACUUUUGUGUUGGAAUCUGUGCAUUUGUAUAAAUUUGGGGAUCAGCUAAAGUCUUUACUGGAAGUAGCUGGUGCUAAAACUAUUUCAUUUCAAGAAUUCUCUUCGUAUAGCCAAGGUUCAGAUUAUGGAGAUGAUAAUCGUAUGGUUUGUGUCACCCCAGAAGGAGCGGCAUGCAAGCCUGAUUUCAUUAAAUUAUUAAGUUCCUUGCAAAAAGUCAAUGAGAUGGGUAUAAUAAAUGCUGCCCUCAGUGGACAUCUAGACCUGUCUAUUUUGAAAUCACCAUGCGUGCUUAUUUCAUCGUCAUGCUCAACAGACGAGACAAUUGUAGCAGAUUCAGAUACUGAAGUUGAAACAGCCACAUCACCCAUUGCAAGUGAGGCAUUAUGUGGUGGAAAUAAAGUAAAAUAUGUAAAAACAGAAGAAUUAGAUGACGGGGAUGAUGAUUCCGGCACUUCACUCAAGAGAAAAGAUGAGGGAGUGGAACCAACCUUAGAUGAUAUUUCUACCAGUUUGCAUGAAAUAAAACAUGGAAAAGCAGACAUAUCCCUGGAAACUUCAAUCCGAUCUGAUACACAUGCUACCAGCUUCAAGGAUGGCACUGGCGGUAUCCAAGUGAAGAAAGACAAGGUUGAUGAUUAUGGAAGUGGAAAUUCAGAUAUUGUUUACAGCCAAAAUUUAGUUGUUCGAUAUAUAAAUACACUAACAAACAGAAUUUCUGCACCAAACAGCAGCGUUCCAAAUUUCAAACGAUUUAGAAAGCCACAUACUCAAUCUGGAAAUAGUUUCGACAACCUUGUUCCAUUUGCAAAAUAUCCGUACAAGGAUUCUGGCUAUGGAAAUGAUGAGACAGCUGAGUAUGUGAAGGAGGAGAAAAGGCGAAAGCAAAGAGAAGCCAUGGCUGAUGAUCUAUUUAAUAAUCAGAAGGCAAAAAAACGAGGCACAGCUGGUUCUCUUCACGGCAUGCUUACUAGUACUAGAUGA